AUGACGCUUGGAAACGAGGAUUGCCUCUAUCUGAACGUCUGGACGCCCUCUCUUAACUCAAAGGCAGGACUUCCGGUAAUGUUCUGGGUACACGGGGGAUAUCUGCUUGUUGGAAACGGAAAUCAGCAUGAUAUCGGUUACGCACCAACGGAACAGCUGGCUCGCGACCAUAACGUCGUCUAUGUCAGCAUCAACUACCGUCUGAACGCGUUUGGGUUUAUGUCGCUGGACAUGCUACGCGGUGGUUCGCAUACUAACACUUCCGGGAAUUAUGGGUUCAUGGACAUGCUAGAAGGGCUACAAUGGGUGCAGAACAACAUUCGGCAGUUUGGAGGAGACCCUAAUAAGGUGACGCUUUUUGGACAGAGUUCCGGUGGAACUGCCAUUUACGCUUUGCUUGCGUCACCUCUCGGACGCGGACUUUUUCAUAAGGCCUGGGCGAUCAGUGGAUCACCGGUCAUGAAUAAGACGGCUACGGAAGCGGAAUUGGAUAACCAAGUUUUCGUACGUAAUACCGGAUGUCGAGACGCGAACUGUUUGUACAACCUGUCACCAGAACAUGUGAUUGCCAGCGUGCCGUGGGAGGAGUUCCCAUACUGGGGCAUGAGCGACCUUCUUGGAAUUCCAGCUAAAGAUCGCUUUGAUGGCGCUCUUCCGGUUGUCGAUGGUUAUGUUCUACCAAAAGCUCCUCUUGAAGCGUUUACAGCAAAAAUAGGAAGCGACGUACCUGUUCUCAUUGGUACCACAUCCCAUGAAGUAGAUUUAGAGCCAAUUCCGCAAGAGGUCGGUAACUGGACAUGGGCAGAUAACAAGUAUCAGGACUAUGUCCGCAAUGCCUUACACCCCUUUGGUGCUGUCGUAGCAAAGACCGCGCUUAAACUCUACCAAGAAAACGUGCAAACGCCUGAAUUUCAACUGACAAGUAUGGUGACAGACCUCCGAUCGACGUGUGGAAAUCAUUAUCUGGCUCUGGUAAUGGCAACUUCUUUUACGUCCCCAGUCUUCAGAUACAUAGCAGGAUAUGCCCCCUCUAUUCCAAUGAAGGCGUUUGGGGAAAUGCUACCCGCGCAAUACGCCUUUCACGGCAUCGACAUGUUCGCUUACUACAAAACCAUGGGUCUCAUGAUUGACAACAUGACGGACGCAGACAGACAGUGGGAGGUCAACGUACAACAGGAAGUUUUGAGUUUCGUGAGUACCGGAAUACCUUUUACGGCCGACUGGGGAAUGUUUCCCGGCCGAACGGCAGUGCUGAGUGAGAACACAACGGUUACGGCCGGGUACCAUACAGCAGAGUGUCUCUUCUGGUUAACGAACGGGUUCUUCUCCUACUCGUGGAUAAAUUGA